UAUGAGAGAGAGAGAGAGAGAGUUCACAACCCAAACAAAAACAAAAGUACUGAAUCCACUCCAAAGCCCAAAAAUAAGGUUGCAACCAAAAACUGCUACAGGCACAGCAGAGAAACAGCAUCAUCUCAUCUCAUUUACCUCUUUUGCCUUUUCCAGCCCCUAAUCUACCUUCCAUAUAACAAUCUUUCUCUUUCUCUCUCUACGCAGAGGGCAACAACAAAUGGCAAAUAGAAUGAAAGUAGAAACAUGGAAACUCCACGCAUCCUCCCAUCAAAACCAAAGAGUCCACACCACACCACACCAUCCAACCCUCUUUCUCUCUCAUCAAUGGCCCAGCUGGACCAAAAUUUAUGUAGAAGAAAAACCAAAAAAGAAAGAUAGAAAGAAUGGGAAACAAAAGAAAGAGAAGUUAGAUGUGUUCAAAUGUCCUCCAACCAAACCCACCUUACAAGCUCUCUCUUUCUCUCUCUCUCUCAUCAUCUAAUUAUGUUCCCCGAAUUACCCUUCUGCAAGCCCCCAAAAAAUCCCCCAUCUUCAUCACUGGUCUUUCUAAAGAACAAUAUUUUUUCACCGAGUUAUGUGGGCUUUUUGGGGUUCCUUGUUUUGGUCAGAGUUUCACAGAGAAAACAGGAAAGCGAGAACCUUCUUACCUCUUCCCCUCUUUCUCUCUUUCUUGUGCCUCUUUUCCUCUCUCUCUCUCUCUCCCUCUCCCUCUCCCUCUCUCUCUCUCACACACCCCUUUUGUUCCAUAACCUACCACACCCCACCUUCUACUUUCUCUCUAUUUGCUCCCCUUUUUUACCUUUAGUUGUUGUUGGUUCUUGCCUUGUUUGUUGCUCUGUUCUUCCCUGAUCUCAUGAAGAAGAUGAAAGGGGUUGUCUCCAUGGAGACUUCUUUUGAUGUGUAUCAGGAUCAAAGGACCAGGUUGAGGCACCAGAGUCUCUUGCAGGACUUUGAAGACCUGCACAAGGAAACAGAGGCCAUGAGAAUGAAAUUGCAGGGUACGAAGCAGAAAAAGUUGAUCCUGUCAGCUGAAGUUAGAUUUCUGAGGCAACGUUACAAAUACUUACUAAAACAUCCUUCUCCAAAGCCUCAACCUAAGCAAGAAUUUCUAAAGCCACGAAAGCUCAAAAUCCAAGCGCCCAUUAUCUCAAAGGGAAGGAAUUACAAUAGAAAGGAAUCCACUUUGCGACCCCACACCACUUCCCAUUUGAAACCAAAAGAAAGGAUUUCCAAUGGGGUCGAAGUCACGUUGCAAAAAACUGGCCAUGUGUUUGAUUUAAACCAAAAUGCUAGGAGUUUUAGUAAAAGAGAUGCUUCUUCUCUCGGUUCUACUCCAGUGCUUGACUUGAAUCACAAAGAUAGGAUUCACAAUGGGAAGGAAGCCACAAAGAAGAGUAUAGUUCCAUUUUUUGACUUGAACCAGAUUUCGAGAGAAGAGGAGGAAUUACAGGGCAACGGCGAGCCAUUGAGGAUUGAAGAAUCAAAGAGAAGUACACAAAGAGUUGUGAGUGAUGAGCAGCACAACGAUAUCAAGCUGUCAGUUUGUAGAAACGUUGGGGAUGGAUCAAAUAGGGCAGGGAAGAGGAAGAUUUCAUGGCAAGACCAGGUGGCAUUAAGGGUUUGAUCUUAGUAAUAACAAUUUGCUACCCAUUUGGAAUGUGUAGUCUGCCUUGAUAUAUAGCAGACCAUAUUUUUUUACCUUCAUCAAGUCAUUCAAGCUUUAUGUUUCAUUUUGUAAAGAUAACAUAUACCUCAUAGAAUCAUAUAUCAUAUGUUCAAUAUAAAUAUUAGAUGAAAUGGUGAAUUAUCUUUCUUCACUGGUGAGUUGUUUUUAUUUGUCUUUUGCAUUGCAAAAAGUAGUCCAAAAUUGAAUUUGGAUUCUGUGUUUUAAAUGGUGGUCCUUAGAUUCUUGUGCCUGUUUCAAUCCUGAGGCUUGUGUACUUUUGGGGUUUUGUUCCACUUUCUGGCCGACUUUGAAGUUUAUGGACUGGUUUCGGUUGGUUUGUCUACAAUGUCUAUCCAUUUGUUCACUUAGCAACUAUGCAUUGGUCUGCUCAUUAUUUAAAUUGUGUAACACAAGAUUCUCCAAUAUGCCGGUUCAUUAUUCUAUAUUACUAUUUUUUAACUUAUUUGAAGCCAUAUGGAGGAAAUCUAGGCAGAAAAAAUAAACUUGACCAAAAUAUAGGCUAGGAUGUUGGCGUUUAGGCGCCACGACAAAGGAGUUGUUGAUUGUCUACUUUGUAGAAGUUGCUUAUAAAUCUCUGAAUAACGUGACCGGUGCUUCUAACAGAUGGCAAUUUGGUUGGUCAAUUGCGGCUGCUAAAGCCUGUAAGCCUUUACAUUUGAACGUUCAUUUAUCUUUUGUAACGACCAAAUACCAAACAGAACAGCAAGAACCCCAUUGCCACUCG